AAUACGAAUGACGCGUAAAUGCUGCGUGAACUGUCAGCCACGUCACCUCCUCUUGCAACUACUUUUAGUGGGAGCACUUUGUAAUCUUUGUAUGUUUUGUUUUUGUUUAUCAAACAACCGGUUGGGUUAACAACGUGUAUCGCGUUUGGCAUGCUUUUGUAGCAUUUGUUUCCCUCAAGCUCGCCUUCAAAUUGCAUUUGAUUGUCGGCCCAGUCGCCAAAGUUAUUCAAUUAAUUCGAGGUGUCACUGAAAAGGAAACGUGAACAAAAUGAACGCGUUUCGUCUGGCUGGUGAUGUGUCUCAUCUGUUGGCCAUCAUCAUCCUGUUAAUAAAGAUUUAUAGAUCCAGAUCAUGUGCAGGCAUCUCCGGGAAGUCUCAGGUGCUGUUUGCGCUUGUCUUCACCACCAGAUACCUCGACUUAUUCUCCAUGUUCAUUUCUCCUUACAACACAAUUAUGAAGGUGGUGUUUCUGGCGCUGUCCUACGCCACCGUCUACAUGAUCUACAUGCGCUUCAGAAACACUUACGACUCUGAGAAUGACUCGUUCCGCGUGGAGUUCCUGUUGGUGCCGGUUAUUGGUCUUUCCUUACUGGAGAACUACGCCUUCACACCCUUGGAGGUCCUUUGGACCUUCUCGAUCUUCUUGGAAUCUGUGGCCAUAAUGCCGCAGCUCUUCAUGAUCUCCAAGACGGGCGAGGCCGAGUCCAUCACCACCCAUUAUUUGUUCUUCCUCGGCCUGUACAGAGCCCUUUACAUCGGCAAUUGGGUUUGGCGCUACCACACCGAGGGCUUCUUUGAUCAUAUCGCCGUGGUGGCUGGAGUGGUGCAGACCAUUUUCUACUGUGACUUCUUCUACCUUUAUGUCACAAAAGUACUAAGAGGGAGAGGGAAAAUGACCCUGCCAAUGCCUGUCUAGUCACCAGUUGAAGCACAGAGGACCCCCCCCCCCCAAAAAAAAA